AUGGCCAAAGAUGAUGGGUCAGCAAACACCAAUCAAUCCUUGGUGUCAGGAGGCUCCAACACUACCACACAAAUCGUCACUUUGCAUAGUGACACCUCCAACUUCUCCGCAGGAAUCAAACUGGAUGGGAAUAAUUAUUCUCUAUGGCAUCAAGUCAUAGAGAUGAAAAUAGUUGGGCAAGAAAAACAUGGCCACUUGACCGAUGAUAUUACCCAGUUUGUAGCCACAAAUCCCACAUUUAAUAAAUGGCGUGCAUCGGAUUGCUAA